AUGUUUGGAAUUACAUUAACAAAGUGCAAAAUAUACUUCAAUAAUAUAUAUUCGACUGUAUCUCUUGAAGAAAAAUUAGGGGGGGGCACCUAUGGUGACGUGUACAAAGGGAAAGUAAUAAAAUAUAAUAAUAAUAAUAAUAAUAAUGAUUUAUACCAAAAUACAAAUUAUUUACCUUAUGAUUAUUAUACUGAUGAAUUUGUUUUUUUUCGUAAAAAUGUUUAUGCAAUAAAAUUUUUUCGAGACGAUUUAAGGACCAUAAAUGAAGAAGGUAUAAGUUGUACGACAUUAAGAGAAUUAAGUUGUUUAAAGAAUAUUGGGAGGCAUCCCAAUAUCCUUCGUUUAAUAGAUGUUACUAUAGAUAGACAGAAACUUAUAAGUGAAUAUAUAAAUAGACAGAUAUUACAACAUUAUACAUCAAAUUAUCAUCAUCAUCAUCAUAGUAAAUUAGAUAUCACACCGUUAUCAGCUGAUCAGAAAUUUAUUUUUGCUGCAUAUGAAUAUUGUGAUGGUGGGGAUUUAAAAAAGCUUAUACAAAAAACAAAAAUUAGUGAUGACCAAGCGGGACUUAAUUUGAAAGAAGCCAAGUGGUUAUCCUUCCAACUAUUAAAUGGAUUAGCUUAUUUACAUAAUAAUAAAAUGUGUCAUAGAGAUUUGAAACCUGAGAAUGUUAUGUUACAAGAGACAUCUAAUCAUAAGUAUCUUUUAAAGAUUGGAGAUUUGGGUUUAUGCAGAGAAUUAAAAAACGAUGGCGACAUGACACCUACUGUGUGUACAAUAUAUUACCGACCUUUGGAAGUGUUGCUUUCUAAAUUUGAAUUAUCUAAUAAGCAUCAUCAUAAUAAUAAAAGUCACGUAAAUCAUAGAAGGGAUAACGAUGAUGAUGAAGAUGAUGAUGAUGAUGAAGAAGAAGAUGACGAUGUAGAAGUACAUGAUGGUAAUAAAACUAGUAGUAAUAUUAAUAACAAUAAAAAUAAUAGUCACAUUAAUUAUAAUAACCAUAAUUGGAGUCGUCGUAAAAAUAAAAUGAAAAAAAAAAAAAAAAAGAAAAAAAAAAAAGAGAAAGAUGAUGAUUAUUAUAAUAAAGAUUUUCAAUAUGGUUUAAAUGUUGAUAUAUGGUCAGCUGCAUGCAUUAUAUGUGAACUUAUUAUUGGGAGACCUCUUUUUAAAGGAGUCACAGAAUUUGAUUUGAUUAUAAGGAUUGUUAAUUCUUUAGGCAAGCCUAAUAAAGAUGAGCUAGAAUUUUUUAGUAAUUCUCGUUUUUAUCCUUUAAAAGAGGAUUUUUUUAAUGUUCAUAUAAAAAAUAAAAAGGAUGCCUUAAACGUUAUUACGAACGGACGAAUAGAUGAGUUAGGUAUUGAUUUGCUUGUUAAGAUGUUGAAAUAUAAUCCGAAUGAUCGUAUUACUGCAGCUGAUGCUUUAUCACAUCCAUGGUUUUCAGAUAUAAGAUUUGAUAACUUAGAUGGUAUAGGUGUUUAUAAUUGGUAUGUACAUUGUUUAAAAUAUUAUAUUGGUAUUAAAACAUUUAGAGAAAUUGAACAAAAAAAAAAGAAUUUACUUACGACAACAAUGAUUUCCCAUUUUUUAUGUAAGUCGAAUGAUAAGUAUGCUAAGGUUAUUUUUAAGUUAAUUAAUGAUACGUUUAAAAAUUUAGGAGGAUAUAAAAAAAGUGGACGCAGAUCUUUUGCUAUUUUUUCAGAUAAAUAUGCUCAUGAUGAAAAGAACACAAAUGGAUUUAUUAAAAGAGCAAGUAUUAAAGUCUUAAAUGAUAUGAAAGAAAAAAAUGUUAAAGAAACAAAAGAAGAGUUUUCUUUUUAUGAUGAAAGUACAACUUAUAUGACACCACCAACAUCUGUUAAAAGAAGAAAAUUCAAUAGAUCAAGUUAUCAUGCUAUUAACCCAGAACAUUCAUAUGAAUUUACAAAUAAAAUGAGAAUGAAAAGAAAUCUAUCCAUUCCAGAUUUUUCAACACCAGAUAAAAGUAUACAAAAACAAAAAAAGAUAAAAGCUGCUACCACAACGAAUAAAGCAAGUCUUCUAGAAUUUUCUCAUUUUUAA